UCCCUUCGCUGCGGACUACUCUCUCUUCCUCCGCAUUAAUGGAACUACGAUGAACCAUCCAACAACCUCGGAACUGCCUUCCACUUCUUUAACUCUUGUCCACUUGUCUUUGCGUGGCAACGCUCUUUUCUGGCGCUGAAACAACACUAGUAAGAGACAAGAAUGGCGUGCGGGGCUGUUUUAGGAGGAAGGGUACAAAAACAAGGAUGUUUGGAACAUCUUGGUAUCCUUAGAAGACCACCACUUAGUGGUCUUCUAAGGAGAAGAGUGUGCAGAGUUCAAAAUGCUUUAAACUCUAGUGAGAGGCAACUGAGGUGCUUGGAUGCAUACUUUGAUAAGCUACAUGAUGAUUCGAAGCGGUUUUCGAUUCUGGAUAAUGGAAGGGCCAAGUUGCAGGAUAAGAUUAGAGAAUUAGCUUCAGAGAGAGCAGUUAGAAGUUUGGAAGGUUACAAGGAUAAAAUCAUGGCGAAGGCGGGAGACCAUCUGCCGUCUGAUUCUGAUGGAAAAACUCGGGAAAGAUCACCAUAUACUUCUGCCAAAAUAAUCUAUGGAGGAGGUAACAAAGCUAAGAAAUUUCACAACUAUGUGGAGGUAAAGGCCAAUGAUGGUGAGACUGGUUUGAAGAAUUCAAAUGAAGACACAUCGAGUUUGUACUUAAUAGGCACUUUGGCUUCCAUAAAUGUAGGAGUUUUCCUCUUCGAAAUAGCGAGUCCAGUUAGGAAUGCUGAGUUAGAGCUGUGCUCAAUCCCAUCACUUUACGGGGCAAAGAUAAACGAUCUGAUCCUUAUUGGAGAGUGGUGGAGGCUUGUAACACCAAUGUUUCUGCAUUCAGGUGUCCUCCAUAUGGCGCUUGGCAUAUGGGUACUUCUUAGCUUCGGGCCUCCAGUAUGCAAAGCAUAUGGUUCGUUUACGUUCUUUCUGAUAUAUGUACUCGGGGGAAUAUCGGGCAACUUGAUCAGCUUUCUCCACACGCCAGAGCCAACUGUUGGAGGAACUGGACCGGUUUUCGCCCUAAUAGGCGCAUGGCUAGUUUGUAAAGCUCAGAACAGAGAUAUGGUUGAAAAGGAAGUUUAUGGAAGCAUGUUUUGCAAGGCCAUGCUUGCCACUGCUCUCAGCUUUGUACUAAGCACUUUCGGCCCGAUUGAUGACUGGUCACAUUUUGGAGCAGCAGUGGUGGGUGUAGCUUAUGGGUACUUGGCUUGUGGCCCAACUCUUGAAAUGGACAAUGCAUCAUCCGAUAGCAGUCAAAAAGAAGGCAUCACACUUGUGAAACAAUCUGCAGAGAAUCCUUAUAAAUCUCUUAUAUAUUUCUCAUUGUUCAUUCUACUGUUAUGUUCACUACUUUUGAUCAUAGAGCCUCCACUCAGCUCAGUCAGCACUGAUGAGUUUUAAGGUUGUAGCAGUGACAUACAAAUGAGAUGUAAAUAUUUGGCAAUACAUGUAAUACAUACAUCCUAUAUAUAUUCCCACUUUUGUUAUGAUGCA